AUGGAGGCGGCAAGGGUUGGGCAAGGAUCGCCCGUUGGUAGGGUCACCUGGUUCUUCAAGGCCGGGAAGAACGGCGAGCGCGCUGGUUCUAGGGUUCCGGUCUACCUCUCUGCCGUCUUGGAGUAUCUCGUCUCUGAGGUGUUGGAAGUUGCUGGAAAUGCUGCGAGAGACAACAAGAAGAACAGGAUUGUCUCGAGGCACAUCCAGCUUGCAGUGAGGAACGACGAGGAAUUGAGCAAGCACCUGGAUUCUGUGACCAUUUCUAAUGGAGGAGCGUUGCCCAAAAUUCACUAA